AUGGAAGGCCUGUUGCACUACCUUGAUUACCUCAACCUCGCGGCAUCUGAACCCAAUAGAUUUAUCGAUGGCGAGGUCUUGUGCGUACACGGAGGACUAUCACCCGAUAUCCGAACACUCGACCAAAUCCGCGUUCUGACACGAGCCCAGGAGAUCCCCCAUGAGGGUGCAUUUUGCGAUCUUAUGUGGUCGGACCCGAUGAUGAUUCCUGCAUGGGCAGUGAGCCCAAGGGGUGCAGGUUGGUUAUUCGGAGGCAAUGUGACACGCGAGUUCAAUCACGUAAACGGGCUCAAAUUGAUUGCUCGCGCGCACCAACUGGUACAGGAAGGCCACAAAUACAUGUUCAACACUUCACUGGUGACAGUUUGGUCGGCGCCAAACUAUUGCUACCGAUGUGGUAAUCUGGCCUCUAUCAUGCGAUUCCACGAGGACGGAACAAGAGAUUUCAUUGACUACGGCCCUGCACCUGAGAAUGAACGCGAUAGGGGAAUGCCGUUACGACGAAUAGGUGGGGCAGGUGCACAGUAUUUUAUGUAG